AUGGCGAGUUCUUCUUCUUCUUCUUCUUCUUCUUCUUCGUGUGAAGAGUAUGAUGUAGUGAUAGUGGGGGCUGGCAUCAUUGGGUUGACCAUUGCUCGCCACUUUCUGUUCGCUUCGGACCUUUCAGUCGCCAUAGUUGACAAGGAUGUUCCCUGCUCUGGUGCCACUGGUGCAGGGCAGGGAUAUCUGUGGAUGACACACAGAACACCUGGGAGUGGUUCAUGGGAUCUUACAUGGAGAAGCAUUCAACUUUGGAAGAAGCUGGCAGAAAGGCUAGAAGAGCAAGGGUUGAAUCCUGCGGUGGAGUUGGGUUGGAAAAGAACUGGGAGCCUCCUAGUUGGUAGAACUCGUGCAGAGUCAGACAUGCUAAAAAGGAGGGUGAAACAACUUAGUGAGGCAGGGUUGAAAGCUAAGUACCUUUGUAGCAAUGAUUUGCUUAAACAAGAACCUGAUCUGUUUGUGGACGAAGACAGUGCAGCUGCAUUUCUACCAGAUGAUUGCCAGUUGGAUGCUCAUCGUACUGUUGCAUAUAUUGAAAAGGCUAACAGGAAUUUUGCAUCAAAAGGAAGAUAUAGAGAAUUUUAUGCUGACCCAGUGAAAUGUUUCAUCAGGUCAGAUAGCAAUGGGGAGGUCAAAGCUGUUCAGACUUCCAAGAAUACAUUAUACAGCAAGAAGGCAGUUAUAGUUGCAGCUGGUUGUUGGACUGAUUGUUUGAUACAGGAGUUGUUUAGAAAUUGGGGAAUGGAAUUACACGUUCCAAUAAGGCCUAGAAAGGGUCACCUACUCGUGCUUCAGAAUUUCAAUUUUCUUCAAUUGAAUCAUGGCUUGAUGGAGGCAGCUUAUCUUGACCAUCCAACAAUUUCUGGCUUAGAAUCGUCUGAUGAUGAUAGAAACUUAUCUGUUUCGAUGACAGCAACUGUAGAUGCAGCAGGGAAUCUUCUCAUUGGGAGUAGCCGUGAAUUUGUUGGGUUCAACACCAAUUUGGACGAGUCUGUGGUCACUUACAUGUGGAAGAGAAUUGGCGAUUUCUUUCCCAAAUUGAAAACGCUUUCCCUUUCAGAUUGUGCAAAUAGAAAAGUGAGAAUAGGAUUGAGACCUUACAUGCCUGAUGGGAAGCCAAUGAUUGGAGCCGUGCCUGGCUUGUCAAAUGUGUACAUUGCAGCUGGACAUGAAGGGAAUGGCCUUUCAAUGGCUCUGGGGACUGCUGAAAUGGUAGUUGAUAUGGUGUUACGACAUCCAACAAAAGUUGAUAGCGCUCCUUUUGCUUUACUCCUUUUCUUAAACAGAGGAGGAGACACCACACCUCGUGCAUACAGAAAAACAAGUAGCGAUUUUAUGUUUUGGAACUUUGGAGUGUGA